GAACCACCAGUCACUUUUCUCCGUCAUGGCGGCUCGUGUCCUGCAGCAGUGUGUCCGCUCGCUCGCCCGGCCCUCGCUGAGGCUUUCCUCCGGCAGCCUGGCAGUCAGAGCCGCUGCCGUCCCAGCAGCAGCUAUCCACCGACCUCUCUCCUUCGCUGCAGAUAGCCGGAGGACGCGGUGGCUCGGACAGAGCCGGAUCCCCUCAGUGGGCGUGUUGUGCCGACAGUAUGGGGACCUGCCCCCCCUCACCAUAGAGAGCAUCAAAGACCGCGUCAUGUAUGUCCUCAAACUCUACGACAAGAUCAACCCUGAGAAGCUCCAGACGACCUCCCACUUCAUGAAAGACCUGGGUCUGGACAGCUUGGACCAGGUGGAGAUCAUCAUGGCCAUGGAGGAUGAGUUUGGCUUUGAGAUCCCUGACGCAGAAGCAGAGAAGCUGAUGAGUCCUGAGGAGAUUGUACAAUAUAUUGCAGACAAGAAGGACGUUUAUGAAUAAUCUGUUCUAUAGCUCACCACACAGAGAGGCCGACCCCAGCGUCACCCCACAGGAAGUACUCGUGAAGCAGAUGGACACCAAACCAUUUCCCACUUCCUCCCGUCAGCUCUUCUGUCCAUAGCGGCGUUGUUGGCUGCCGUGUCUUGUGUUUGACUGUAUUUAAAUGAACAUGUGCUUUGGGAGCUUGGAGAUAAAACAAAAACGUUAAACAAGGUUAUAUCACAGAUUUUUCUUCUUCCAGCUCCACCCUGUGGUUUCCGAUGUAUAAUUUCUCAUGAGUAGAUCAAUAAAGACACAUGCU